ACACCAUCCUACAAUCUCCAAAACACUCCCAUAAACUCUAAACCAGAAGCCCAAAGAAGGGAGCACUGCCGCUCUGUAAUCCUCCACUCUUACAACUGAGCUUGUCCAUGGACUCCCAUCUCAUCUGGUAAACUGACCCAAGAUUCACUAGUAAAAAUAUCUAAAUUGAUGAUUUGUUGCAGAAGAGAAUCUGCAAAAAGUCACCUUUUUAUAACCAUUGUGGUUCACAUUCUACUGAUGUUGAUCUGCUAUCAAUUAAAAGCAAUGGAUUUUCCAUUAGAGUGACUAAGAAGGCAGAUAUGCUUCUUCUCAGCUCUCUCCGAUAAGAGCUGUUUGCCGGCUGAUGUUGACUAACUGACUAUGCAGUGCCAGUUGUCUAUUUCCUGGUGGCUGUACACUUCAGAGUCUUACGGGACAAUGGAUAAUACCGAAAUAUCCAAACAAAAUGGAGGACACUCAAAUUUUAUCGGACUUUUGUUGCUGCUAUUUCUUGCAGGCCUUCAGCCAGUACUGUCUACAGAUGGAGAGAACCCUGAACUAGAUGAUGAUGAAGGACAGAAAAUCACCUGUAUAAUUGUCGGUCCAGACUACGUGACUGUGGGUGUGCCGAGCAGCGUUGAGUGUGAUUCCAACUGCCCUGAAUGUACCUAUUCUAUGUCUUUGGAUGGGCAGAGUGCCCAGGGUCAAGGCAAUGUGCUUGCCUUCACUGUUAACAGUUGGGUAGAGGCCUUAACAGUGACAUGUACAGCCACAGAUGACGGUGCACAGCUGACUGCCACGACAACAAAGCAACUGCAAGUGUUAGCUGGACCUGCCAACGUUUCCAUCACAGGCCCUGAUUUGAUGAAUCCAACAGUGAGCCACACCUACAGUUGCCACGCCUACUGUCGGCCAUCUUGUAACUAUGCCUGGAAGACAGAUAAAGGCCCAUGGAUAAGUGGUCAAGGAAAUGUUAUUUCUAUCACUCCUCAGGAGAUGGCCAAGUCCAGACUUCUUAUCUGCAAAGCCACCAAUAGUGUGUCUGAGAUGUUUGUCGCUGCUACUCGAAACAUAGAUGUGAUAUUUGGUCCAUCAGAGGUUCAGAUCAAAGGCCCCAAUGUAGUAGAAAUUGCAGGAAAGUAUAAGUUUAUGUGUACUGCUGAAUGUCUGCCUUCUUGUCGCUACGUGUUUUCUGUGGACAGUCAGACUGUGAGGGGCAAUGUGAUUGAGAUAACAGUGGAUCAUCCUCUUAAAUCUGUCACUCUCAAGUGUGAGGCACAAAACACUGCUUCAAGGAAGACAGCUACAAUCAUAAAAACUGUACAAAUAACAGGUGAAUGCGCCAUACAAUGGUUUAAUGUGCAUAAUCUUACAGCACGGCCGUUAUUUGACCUGCGUUUUCUUUUUUCUUGUUUUCAGGGUCAGAUCCCAACCUGUCCACUCGUCCUGAAGAGACCUCAGGUGUGCUGCUGCUGGCCUUCAUAAUUUCUGCUGCCUUCACACUGUGAUCCCACUGCACACAGGUCUGUCUACGUCCUGUGAAUGCAUUCGCGAUGAAGAAAGGUAGUUGAAUUGUUGACUCAUGUACCUGUACCUGCAUAUUAUUCUUUUCCAUUUGUUGACAGUGGGCUGAACCCUGUUUGCACUUUAAGAGUGCAGAAGCACUUAAACAUCAAAGUGUGCAGGAGGGCGUGUGCAUAUCUAAUGUCAGAAUAUGUUGACUCGUGAAAAUAUUUGUAAGAUUCUUUGAGACAUUAGAAAUGUUGAAAACUGUAUAAUGUCUAUACAUGAAUAAAAUGCACUGAUAACUUUUA